AUGUCUAAUACAACUACGUUGCAGUUUAUUACACGCUUGUUCAAUUAUACUCUAUCGAUUCCAAUGAUUGUCUUUGGUAUCAUUGGAGCAAUUUUAACGGUUAUAAUUUUCACCAAACAGCGGUCUUUUUGGCUUCAUCCUAGUAUAAAUUAUCUUCUAGCCGGUGCGAUCAUGACUGGAAUACAUCUGCCAUCGAUUUAUCUACAAAGUAUACUUGUUAAUGGUUUUGGCUUAGGGCUUUUCAAUACAAAUAUGAUUGCUUGUAGGGAACAUAAUUUUCUACUCUAUAUGACUACUGUAGCAGCUAUUUCAUUUCCAUGCUGGGCAGCUUUCGAUCAAUAUGCUUGUACUUGUCACAGUGCCAGUUUUCGUCUUCGUUGGAGAUCACUGAAAUUUAUUCGAAUAACUAUAAUCGGUACAAUAUUAUUUUGGAUUAUUGUCUAUCUUCCUAUUAUAUUCGUGAGUGACAUCAUCAACGGCCUUUGCAUAUUAGGACCCAGUUAUUACACGACGUUCAACACCUUUGUAUUGACACCUUUCGUGUAUAGUAUUGGCCCCAUUUUUGUGAUCACUUUUUUCACAUUAGGUACGGUGAAAAACCUUCGAAAUGCUGCCGCUCAUAAACGGCAAGGACGCUUAACUAAACAGGUUCGUCGUAUGUUAAUCCCGCAAUUGAUUGUACUUGUUGUUGCGGGUGCUCCAUUUGGCUUUGAAGGUAUCUAUUUAAAUUUAACCAGUAAUAUUGAGAAAAGUAUUUUUCGUUUGGGCCUCGAGAAUGUAUUUUCACAACUCAUUCUUCUAUUAUUUCAUUGCAAUUAUGUGUGCACAUUCUACAUCUAUUGGUAUAUGUCUAGUGAAGUAAGGAAAAGUACACAACAAUUGUUCUGCAAGCGUCUUACAUUAAACUCGAUCGGAACUACUGACACUAUUAACGCCAAUACAAUGGCCCUUCGAGCAAGGAACAGUGAAAAUUGCUCGGGCGAUGCUUGA